AUGAAUGAAUUCAAUGUUCAACCGUUUGACAUAUAUAAUAAACAAAGUACUAAUAUAUAUCAACAUUAUGAAGUAAAUAAUAUGGAAGAUAUUAAUAAGUGCCCAACUAAAGCUGAAUAUUACAACUGCUUAUUUGAAACAUCAAAUAUAAAUUGGUCAAGAAAAUUCAUAGAUGAUUUAGAUGACCGUAAAAAAAAGGCGGAUACAACGAUACCAUCUUAUCUAGAACAAGCACAAUUUCAACAUUCAAUAAAAUAUCAUUCAAAUGAAUCAAUAUUAUUAGACAAUAAUAAUCAUAAUGAUAAUUCAAAUUUUACUGAUUUCAAUCAAAUAGAUUUACAGCCUGAUUCAACUGUUAUGGCACCGAUUACAAAUAAUGAUUUUGUCUAUAAGGAAGAAUGUAGAAGGAGACCAAUGAAAAGACAUUUAAAAUCUCCAAUAUAUCAAAAGUCUAUUGAACAUGUUGACAACAAUGAUGAUUCUGGUUUAAACGUUAACAAUAACAUAUCACUGUUAAAUAAUCAAUUAAUAAUCAGAAAUGAACAAAUUAGUAAUUUCGUGACUACUACAAAAAAGGUGGAAUUUUCAUCUAAAGAACCAACAACUUGUGCUACAUCAUUAACAACAACGUCAUCAUCAUCAUCAUCAUCGUCAUCUGUGGCAGUGGUUGUUAGUUCAACAAAUAAACGAUCUAGAUCAGCUUAUACAAAUUUACAAUUAAUUGAAUUAGAAAAAGAAUUUCAUUAUUCCAAUUAUUUAGGGCAACCAAGACGAUUAGAAUUAGCUGAACAACUUGGUUUAACUGAACGUCAAAUUAAAAUUUGGUUUCAAAAUAGACGAAUGAAACAGAAAAAAGAAUCUAUUGAAAAAAGCAAAUAUGAUUUUUAUCAUCCAUAUUAUGAAAAUUCUCACUUCUGGUAUCCUCAUCAUCCAAUGAAUAGUAAUCAACAAGAACCAUACAAUUAUUAUCAAACAACACAAUUAAAAUCAACUACUUACUCAAAUAAUUCACUAAACGACCUCCUAUCUACUCUGCCUUCUCCAGUUAAUAUACCAACUUUUAUUGAUUCAACUAAUUAUAAUACUAUAAACAAUAUCAGUAAUUCAAUCGAUUUAGAGGUAUUUAAGAAUAGUAAUACUAAACAUCAAUUGAAUAAUCAUAAUACAAAACAAAUAAUGAUGAAUAAUAGUCCUAUAAAAGACUGGUCAAAUUCACUAACAUCUAAUGAAGAAUUAUUAGAUAAAAAAGAUUGUUCAAUGUUUAAAAACUCCGAUUUUCCACGUUAUAUUUCUUCAUGUAAUAAUUUGUCAUCUUUAUUAUCUUGUGAUCAUCGAUUUCCUGAAGAUAGUAUGGAUUAUUUUGUUGAUCCCAAUGGAACUGAUGUAAAUUAUAUGGACAGUUUAGAAAACGUCUCAGGUCUCUAUGGAAAGAAAGUAAAGAAUGAGAUGUACCGUCUGAUACGUUGUCCUCUGACUACUAAAAGAAUAUCAUUUCUCAAUAGUGUUAUUUCAUUUGCAAUGGGACGUCCACUUACUACGGACACAAUAGAUUUAACACCAUUUCCUGAGUUAUAUACUAAAGAGAACAUCAUUUUACAUAAAAUUUUCAACAAGUAUGGGUUUGAGCUACGUAUCGCCGGAGGCGCAGUACGUGACAUUUUACUAGGAAUUUCUCCACAUGACAUUGACUUCGCAACAAACGCUACUCCACCUCAGAUGUGUGAAAUGUUUUCCAAGGAAGGAAUUCGAAUGCUGAAUAGAAAUGGAGAAUCACAUGGAACUGUUACAGCCAGAAUUAAUGAUAAGGAAAAUUUUGAAGUUACCACUCUACGUAUUGACGUUGUCACAGAUGGAAGGCAUAGUGAAGUUGUCUUUACAAAUGACUGGAAGUUAGAUGCUGAAAGAAGAGAUCUUACAGUGAAUUCGAUGUUUCUAGGUGUUGAUAUGCAGGGGUUAUUUGAUGAGGCUAAUGAAGCAACAACAGAUUCUUCCGCAAAUGAAAAUAAUACAAGUAAUAAACAAAAAGUGUUAGGACAUUUAUGGGAUUAUUUUAACGGUUGCGAUGACUUGAAAAAUCAUCGCAUACGAUUUGUAGGGGAUCCAGAUGCUAGGAUAAAAGAGGAUUACUUAAGAAUGCUAAGAUAUUUCCGAUUUCAUGGUCGUCUGUCAACAGAAGACACAUAUGAUAGGCAUGAUGAAGAUGUGUUGAAGACUAUAGCCUCAAAUGCUAAUGGUUUGUCAAUAAUAUCUGGUGAACGCUGUUUCAGUGAAUUGAAGAAAAUUCUGUUAUACCCUUCAACUCCAUUCCUUUUACGUCGGAUGGCAGAUGCUGGGCUAUUUGUUCACUUAGGUCUUCCUGAAAGCCCUAACUUUAAAGAAUUAGAUAAAAUCUGGAAUAGAGGUAUACUUUCUUCUGCACCAAACCCGAUUACUUGUUUAGCUGCAAUUAUGACAUCGCCUGUUGAAGUUGAGAACUUAGACAAACGUUUACGUUUAUCUAAUCUAGAUUUAACAAUUCUAUUGUACAUAUUACAUAAACGCGAUUAUUAUUUUAAUUUAUCUAUUGAAAAUGAUAAAAAUGAAAUGAAAUUUUAUCAAAAAGAAUAUUUAUUAUCAUUUGAACCGAAUAAAAUAAAACCAGCUAUAACUGAAUUGUUAAAAUAUUUAGGCAAAGAUAAAUCAUUUAUUGAUGGAUGGUUAUCAUGGCAACCACCAAGGUUUCCAGUCAGUGGUACAUUAAUUAUUGAUCAAUGGGGUAUACAUAAUAAAUUAAUUCGACCAGUUUUAUUUAAACUACGUGAACAGUGGUGUGAAUCAGAUUAUAAAUUAUCAAGCGGUGAAUUAUUAACUGAAAGUAAUAAACAAUUUAUAUUGGAUCAUUUAAAUAAUCAUUCUGUUGAUUGUAUACCUGAAAGAUUUAUAAUUCAAGCUAAAAAAUCACGAAGAUGACAAUAUUGACUUGUUUAUUUUUUUGUAG